UAAAACUCUGCCGUUAAAAUGGGGGCGGGUUUUUCAACUCAAAAAGCGCUCAAUUUUUUUCUUUUCAAAAAAAGCUGAUGAGGUCGGAAAAAAGGGAGAAGAAACCGGCACCGUCUCUGCAGCGGCAACAGAAGCAGCAAUUGUUUGAGCGAAAAAAGAAGCGAGGGAGGGAGGGAAGGAAAAGACCAGAAAGGGGCACGACGCACAAGUGUCUGUAGGGGUGAAGGGAGCAGGGACCGGCGAUUUGGGGGGGACCAGCUACAAAAGAAACUGUCACUGGGAGCGCUGCGGCUCGGGAGCAAGCGGUGCUACCCAGCUCGGCUCCAGGGCACAGCUGGCUGGCGGCCGCUGCCCUAUCGGCUGCACAGGCUGGGGGCACAGGCCAGGGGACCGCGAGAGGUUGGCGAAGUGGCACCCGGCGCCGAAGCCGCUGGGUUCUCGCCAAGAGCGGCGGGACUGGCUGCGCCCUGGGAUUGUGGCGACUCCCGAUACUCAGAGCUUGGCCUGAGACUUCCCAGGACCCUCCCGAUCUCCGGAGGCCCUCAGAAAACCGGGAAAGGAAGGAAAAGAGGCGGCGGCAGCUCAAUGAGCUUCUACAUUAGGAAGUCUGAACUGGCUCGGUCGUAGGCGGGAAGUUACCGGUGGGCUGCCCUGUGCAGCCGCGAUGCUGCAGCGCGCUGCUUCAGCAGCCCGGGCCCCAUAGACACUUCCCGCAUCGCUCUCCCCCUUCCUCACGCUGCUGGGAGUCCCAGGACCCGGUGGGGCCGGCAUGACCGGCUUGCCGGGGGCCCGCCGCGCGCCCGGCAGUCUCCGGAGACGCGCGCCGAGCCUGGCUCCCACGGCCUCUGAGGCUCGGUGGGGCUGCGGUAGCCCGGCGGGCGGGCUCCGGAGCCCUCCCGCGCGGCGUUAGCCCGCAGCUCGGCCUGAACGCGAAUUAAGGCUCCUCCGGAGAAUCCAAGGCCACCGAGGAGUCGUUACGACCUGUAACUUGAGGGCCACGGAACUGCUACUCUCAUUUGCUUUUGGCGAUCAUCUUUAACCCCCGGAGCACCUCAGCAUCCAGCCACCGCGGCGCUCUCCCUGCAGCGGAGGACUCAGGACUACCCCUUCGGCGAGACGGAUGGAGACCGAGCCCCUUCGAGGACCUGCCCCUGCGGUACUGGCUCGCGCGGCUCAAGUCACCACCGUGAACAAGGGACCCUAAAGAAUGGCCGAGCCUUGGGGGAACGAGUUGGCGUCCGCAGCUGCCAGGGGGGACCUAGAGCAACUUACUAGUUUGUUGCAAAAUAAUGUAAACGUCAAUGCACAAAAUGGAUUUGGAAGGACUGCGCUGCAGGUUAUGAAACUUGGAAAUCCCGAGAUUGCCAGGAGACUACUACUUAGAGGUGCUAAUCCCGAUUUGAAAGACCGAACUGGUUUCGCUGUCAUUCACGAUGCAGCCAGAGCAGGUUUCCUGGACACUUUACAGACUUUGCUGGAGUUUCAAGCUGAUGUUAACAUCGAGGAUAAUGAAGGGAACCUGCCCUUGCACUUGGCUGCCAAAGAAGGCCACCUCCCCGUGGUGGAGUUCCUUGUGAAGCACACGGCCUGCAAAGUGGGGCAUCGGAACCAUCAGGGGGACACCGCCUGCGACUUGGCCAGGCUCUACCGGAGAAACGAGGUCGUUAGCCUGAUGGAGGGAAACCGGGCGGAGGGAGCUGCGAAUCUGCAAUGAAUGUGGGGAGGGCUCUCCCACACUGCCUUCUAUUUUGUCAGUUAAUUGAUUGGCUGUCCUAUUUUAAUAUCAUUUGUUAAAAUUCAGUUUUGUCAAUACUUUAAGCAGCUAGUUAAAUCUUCUGAAACUGCUAAGUGGAAAUCUUACUACAGGUUUAUGAAUAUAUUUAAGCAACAUCUUUUUCACCUGCAAAACCCUGAGUUCUAACAUGUAAUUGCAAAUAGCUUUGGCUUUCAUCUGAAUAUUUUAUCUUUCCCUGACUUUUCUCCUUGCUUCUCCCUUUGCCAGUCUCAAUACCCAACUUGAAGACUUUGUUUUAAAAAUGGUUUGUCCUGAUGCUUCUUUUGCCUGAUUAAAACACUUUUUCAAAACAGGAGGACAGUGUUUUCUGUGGUUUCCACUCCUCUUAUAAUCCCCACAUAAUUUGCCUCUUGCUAAGGAGAGCUACACUAAAAGAUCAUGGUGUAUUAAGUCUUGAAGUUAGAAAAAGUAGACUAAUUGAAAAACUAGACAUAUUCUAUUGAUGAUUCAGUUAUUCUUUUCUUUCUCUCCUCAUGCUUCCCCCUCAAAGAUUUUACUUGGUGCCUAGUAUGUCUGCUUUAAAACAGAAUAAGGACAACAUGUUUUGGAAAUAAACCUGAAAUUAUUUCAGUGUGAA